AUGCGCGCUCGUCGCGCUUGCCUGUGCUUCGGCCUGGUCGUGGUCCUCGUCGCCGGUCUCACCACGGACAACCACAAGCUCAACGCACCUCGCAGUGCCUUGAUGCCGAUCGUGAUUGUGCCGGGCACGGGCGGCUCGCAGCUCGAGGCCCGGCUCGACAAGCCAAGCUCGCCGCACUGGUGGUGCGCUCGGCAAGCGGACUGGUUCCGCCUCUGGCUCGACACGAAGGAGCUGCUGCUCGACGCGCUCACGCA